AUGGAUAAUGCUUGAGUGAUGCGUUUGGCAAGAAAAGGUUGAAAAAUAGUGUAAAAGUUUCCGUGUCAGGCAAAAAUUAGUUGGAAAACAUUUCUUGAAGUACAGUGCAUAGAAAUAGCAACAAGCCUUCGCCGGAAAAAGUGAAUUUCUUGUGUAAUUCAGGUUUUCACAUUACGUCGCUAGGCAGCCACAUUUUUCUUUUCCUUUUUCUUAUUUCUCGUAAAUUCCAAAAUUGAAAAUGUCUUGGCCAAACGCUUGGCAGGUACAGCCGGGUUUUAAUCCCGGUUAUUCGACUGCAAUGCCUCCCCCGACGGUUCAACCCGUUGCGGCUGCUCCAACGGCAGCGGCCUACUCAGCCAUGACUCCCGACCAGUACGCUCAAUGGCAGCAGUGGCAACAAUAUCAGCAGCAAUACGCUCAAUGGCAUGCUCAGUAUGGCGAGCAGUACGCUCGGCAAAUGGGAAAACCUUUGCCCGCCGUGGCUGCACCGAUGCCAAUGGCACCAGCUAUGGCCAUACCGACCACUGUUCCUCCGGCAGCGGUAGUGCCUGCACAUACGAUGCUACCUCCCACAAUGGCCGUCGCUCCUCCGAUACCAAUUGGGGUUGCUCCACCUCCACCGUCGGAACCCCAUCCAGACACGCUAGCUGCCGAGCAAGCCCCACCCCCACCGGUGUCAGAGGAGCAAGCACAGAAAACCGCUGAGGAAUUGGCUUUCGACGAACAGUUUCGUAAGUGGGAGGAAGAAUUUGAUAAUUGGAAGCGCAAGAAUGCGAACCACCCGGAUAAGUCGACCUAUCGCGAGUACGAGAAAAAGUUUGAAGAUUGUCGCAAAAAGUUGGUUGAACGGCGUGAAUAUUUGAAAAAGAAGCGGCUGGCUGAAGCUGCUGCGGCUGCCGCCGCUGCAAGCGCACAGAAGAGCGCAGUUCCUGUUCCGGUUCCUGCCGUACAGUCUCAGUUUAGUCAGCCACCGCCGCCACCUCCUCCGGAAGAGUCUAGUGACGUGGGUUUGUUUAAAAAUGCUCUUGGGGGUAGUGCGGUUGCUGGCGGAGGCAUUCCUGGGCUGGAUCUUAUCGGAAAUGAGGGGAAUUCUGGGAAGCGAGCGAAUGAUGACGUAGUGGAGGUUAUUGAUUUGGAUGAUGAAAAAGAGGAUAAACCGAACAUACAUCAGUUGAACGCGUCUUUGAACAAGAGCGCUAAUCCGGUGAAUGCUUUGGCGUCUCUGUUGAAGGAUCCCAAAGUCAGUGCUCUGUUGAAUGUUAUUUCUGGAAGCAACAAUAGCGAAGGUGUCAAUUUGGCCAGUGACGGUAAUUCCGAAUUGCUGCAGCAGAUUCAAAAUGCUGCUGGAGCAGUUAUCAAUGCAAAUCAAAAUGGUAGUCCCGGGAGUGGAAUCCAAAAGCCAAACAUGUGGCCAAUGCCGCAAAAAUUGCCACAAGAGGAGCGAAGUAGAUCGUCGUUUCAUGAAGAUGGUCGGUCAGUACCGUCCGGAGAUGAUCGAAGUCGUGAUUUUGAUGAGUUCAGUCGAGGUCCACCGCCUUUGAUGGACGAUCUAAACCGUAGCGGUCCACCGGGAGGUGAAUUUAAUCGUAGCCUUCCGCCGGGUGCCGAUGUUCACCGGGGUCCUCCUCCAGGUGGUGAAUUUAAUCGCGGUCCUCCUCCGCAAGGAAUGGAUUUCAGUCGUGGUCCACCACCAGGCUUCGAGUUUAACCGUGGUCCUCCGAUGGGAAAUAAUUUUUGUCGUGGUCCACCGCCAGGGUUCGAUUUUAAUCGUGGUCCUCCGCCCGGUAACGAUUUUAAUCGUGGACCUCCACCUGGACAUGAUUUCAUUCGUGGCCCUCCGCCUGGCAAUGAUUUUAAUCGUGGUCCUCCACCGAUGAACAAUUUUAAUCGUGGUCCACCGCCUGGAAGCGAUUUUAGUCGUGGUCCUCCGCCGGUUAAUGAUUUUACUCGCUGUCCACCUCCAAAUCAAGGUGGUGAUUCGUUCAAUUUUAAUGCCCAGCGACCUCCGGCAUCGCUGAAUGUAGACUUGAGCCGACCCCCGCCAAUGUUUGGUGGACCACAGCCAAACGUUUCGAGACCACAGCGUUCCGAUCAGAUUUCGCCUGCAUUGAGCAACACGUCCUCGACAGGGUCGCGCCAGCGUCAAUCUCGAUGGACCACUCAGCCACAGCAAAAUAUGAAACAUGAAUCAGAGGGUGAAGUUGACGCGAUGGAGAUGUGUGGUCAGUCGACCCCGCUCAAAGAAGAAUCUUUCAAUGGGUCAGACUUUCCUCCUAAAAAUAUUUCAAGUCUUUAUGAGGGACACUGCGAUGAGUUGCAAAUCGACCCCGAGGUUGGCGAACCGUGCGCCGUUCCUAAACCCAAUUGGAUGGAGGAAGAAGAGUAUCAGGAGAUUUUCGAUCGGUUCGAGGACGUUGAGAUUUUUGAAGAACGGAAAUAUAAAAUGGAAUGUGCGAUUCGACAGUUGGAGCAGAAGAAGAGAGCCGAAGGUCUUAUUCCUCCCUUCGGUAAGGGAGGCUUCGGGAAUGGCAACGCCGGUCCUCCUUUCAAUGAUAGAAAACCAGUUAAGUUAGAGUUUGGCAAUGGUAACAAUAGCGAUUGCGGUGAUCGCGGCCCCAGUCGCUGGGUGGGUGGUAUGCCGAAGCCGCUGAUGGACGAAGAGCCGCACGGUCCAGCCAAGCGGCAGAAAACCUUUGCCGAGGACGACGACUACUUCAAGCCGAAGCAAAUUAUUGACUACUCGAACGGAGCACCGCGGGUUAUUGAUUACGGCCACAGUAGUUCCGGGCCGAUGGUUCAUAAUGACAGUUCCGCACGUUUGGACAACGAUUGGAACAGCCGGGGCCGGCCGUCCUUCGGUGGUCAGCGUGGUGAGAGGGGAGCAUUCGGAGACGAAGGUUUCCAUCCGCAGCGAUUCGACUACAAUCACACCCAGUCCGCACAGCCCGGAGCUGGUGGUGCGCCGGACAGCAACAAAGAUUUACCGCUGCCUACGUUCAUGGUGGAGAAUCCACCGCAUUACACACCGAAUUCCACUUGCCGGCUGGCGGCCAUGCACAACAAUCCGAAUCCGGACGAAAGUAAUCCGUGCUAUCCGAGUAAGUUCAUAUUGAUGAACGACAAUCGGCCAAAUCGUCCCAGAACGAAGCGCGGCAAGCGAGCUUCCUCGAUCCGGAAACAGCAGCUGCGGCAGGAGGGAUCGGUUGCCAGUUCUUCCACCGGCGUGGAAGAUCUCAAUCCAAAGCAGCAGCUUUGCGAGAUCGACGGACCCUCUCUACCGGUUCCCAGUGACUACGAGCUCGAAAUGAAGCGUGGCUCCGAUGAGUAUCCCAAACAUCUUCCCGUCAAUCCGAUCGUAAUGAUCGAUGAACUACUGUUGCCUCCUGGACGGUUCAAACGGCACGCACGAAUUUGCUUUAUUUUAAGAGGCAUUCCCGGUAGUGGUAAAUCCUACCUAGCUCGCAUGAUAAAGGAAUGCGAGAUAAAAAAUGGUGGCCAGGCGCCCCGUGUUCUCAGCAUUGACGAUUACUUUCUAGUCGACAACGAAGUGCGCGAGCCGGAUCCCGUCACGGGACGCUCAACCCUGGUGACCAAGUCGGACUACAAGUUCGAUGCCGAGAUGGAGGAUGUGUACAUGCAGAACUUGGUGAAGGCAUUUAAGCGUACUAUAACGGAAAAGCUGUACAACUUCGUAAUCGUGGAUUGCGUUAACGAGCGGCUGCAAUACUACAAUGAAUUCCACAACUUUGGUCGCAGCAACGGAUUUAAGAUGUACACUUGCACAAUGCAAACCGAAAUCGAUUUGUGUGUUGAGCAAAACAUUCACAGCCGCACCGUGGCUGAGAUUCGAUCCUAUGCCAACGUUUGGGCUCUCGGUCCGGCUGAUCACGUACUGAUUAAUGCCAGUAUGUUGCUGGAUCCCCAGGAGGACAACCAAAUAGUGCAGGCUGAUAUGGAUUUGUGCACGGAAGAGGACGAUCAGCCACAGCAGCCAGCGCCGGACGGAGCUGCACCUAGUGAUGCACCAGAAGUAAACGCGCAACAGCAAGACAAUGAUGAGGAUUCGAAUACUGAUGCUCCAGAGCUUGGAUUUUUCGCGAGCAAAUGGGACACCGAUACGACCGAACAGAACCUAGCCCGUCUGGAUGGCACUAGCAAACCACCGCGCCGGCCCCCGACGAUAGAAGACUUUCUGCAGCUAGACGACGCCGAAUUCGCCAACGAUGACUACGAGGGCGCUCCGUCAUCCGGAAAGAAGCGCGUACGCUGGGCGGACCUGGAGGAACGCAAGGCCCAGCGCAAGAUGCGCCAGAUGGGCUUUGUGGUCGGCGUAACCGAUUGGUCCCGGAUGAUGGAUCCGACUCAGGGUGGAAGUGCGCUCACCAGGACCAAGUACAUCGAGCGCGUGCGUAGACAGUUCUAGAAAUGCUGAAAGCAGCGGGCGGGUGUGUUGACUUCACUAGGUGAGUGCGCUUCAAAGUUGGUUAGGUAACCAUUUUGCCUAAUUAUAAGACCUUCUAUGAUGAAUAUGUUCUUUGUAAUGAAUAACCACAAUGAUAUGCAAUUAUACGCAUAAAUACUAGGAAUGCUCUUAACAAAUCGGCUAGCUAAUUGGCAACGGUCUUGGAUAGGAUUUUGGAUGUAUGCGUCUUUAGGUAGUAGAUUGUGCAGUAUAAAAUAAGAUACUUAUUUGUAUUAUGUUGGCCACCCAGUUUAGUGCAGAAUGAAUUUUGAAUUCACAGUUUUUGGAUCGUAUUACUGUGUAUCUCCCUGAAUUGGACUCGUUUUCUUAAUUGUCUAGAGUAGAACACGCUAUUGAACAAACAAUUCGAGAUGACAUUGAUUUUUUUAAUUUAAUUAAUGAAUUCAAUAUCAGUUUCUUUUUGAGAUAUUUGAGUUAGUAAAAGAUACUAAGCAAGCACAUGUUUGAAAUAAUUACUACUAAAGCAAGUAGCAAAAUAUGAACUGCAGUAAAACCACUAUUGUAAUAAAUAU